AUCCCCUGCGCACUCAGCGAGGCGAUGGGCCGCGGCCUCUACGGUAGUGUAUGUAGUGCCAUUCUCUUUAGGUACGCUAGCGAAGAAGGGCUUGGCGCCCUGUAGGUGAAGCAUCGUUGUUCCGAAAGACUUUCGUUUCGCGGUAGCAAACAUGGGUCUCUUCAACUACUUUGUUGCUCGCGCUGAUGCUGAGGUGGUCGAGGAGGAGCAUGCUCCCCCUCCUCCCCCUCCCCCGCCGAAGAAGAGCAGCCGCAAGCCGACCCUGGAGUCGCUGUCCGCCGACGAGCUUGAGGAGCUGAAGAAUGAGGUGGUCUCAGAGGUGGUGGAUAAGAUUGCCGGCGAGGAUGGCACCAAGCUGGCGGACUUCCUGGAGCCCGAGCUUAUCACCGCGCCCUACGACCCGCGCUUCCCGAACCGCAACCAGGCGCGCCACUGCUUUGUGCGAUUCAACGAGUACUACAAGUGCCUGUACGAGCGCGGCGAGGAGCACCCCCGCUGCCAAUUCUACCAGAAGGCAUACCAGUCGCUGUGCCCCUCUGAGUGGGUCGAGAGCUGGCAGGAGCUGCGCGAGAAGGGCCUGUGGACCGGCAAGUACUAAGCGGUUGUCUGCAGGACUGCCCGCGGCGACUCAGCUGCUUUCCGUGGAGUGGCGCCGUGGAGUGGCGCAGCAGGACGCGUGCUUGCCUGGCAGCUCGCCGGCACAGGGGCAUAGGGCGCAGCAUUACCGCACGCGCUGACUUGAACCCAUGGCGCCAGCACGCGCUGCGCGGCGGCCGUGGGCGCUUGCCAAUUGACGGGGCGUUUGGCCGGCGCCUAGGCAAUUCAUGCCAAGGACCGCUAUGUUUUCCUGUCGCAGCUUAGCAACCUUUCAGCUUUGACGGUCUUGCACGAAUUGUGACUCAAGAAGGUAGAAGUGUGGGGGCGGCGGUAGUCUUUUGCGGGACGCGCUCCUCAAUAGGCGUUACGUGAAGACGCACGCAGUUCGCCUGUGUAUGUGUAUAAGCCAUAGAUAGAUGCUAGGCAGCGAUAUGUGUGAAUCGAGGUGCUGUUAGGCGGUCACAGACGAUGUGGGGUGCGGUGGGAAACCCGCCAACGAUGAGGUGCAUGGGGCAGUUGUCCGGUUCAUGUUUCUCACCCCUUGUAAUAUUUCACAAGC